AUGCCGGCGACGACAUAUACUCUAUGGCAGUACGGCGAUGAGCCUAUGCGGCACGCGUAUAGAGACGAUAACGGGUUGGAGGCGUUCACUAUUGCAAUCGUCAGCCAAGAUCCCAACAAAAUCGUCCGGAUAACGCGCGAGGCCCCCUGGACGGAACAGCAUGAGACGAUCAUGGGCCCCGCCAACUCGUUUCUGUACUUGGGUGCAGACGACCAUCCGGGAUAUGUGGUCUAUGGCAAUGGAACCAUUCACAUCUCCAUGAACUUUUUCUUGCGGCCGGGGAAGAAGGAGAAUAGCACAGCACAAAAUGGGAAAGACUACAAGUGGAAGAUCGUCAAUUCACAUCGGAUGGAAUGCGUGGACGGUCGAACGACACUCGCCAUUUGGGAGAUUACCUCGCCCACCCACGAGGCAUUCGCGCGCCUGGAGCUCCAUCCGUCCAGUCUGACGUUUAUCACGGAGAUUCUGACGUCGUUGACGCUUAACCGGAUUGCGCAAGCGCAGGGGUGGUAG